UCAGUUUUUUAGCGAAAAAACCUGCAAAAGUUGCAGUGUUUGCACUUGGAUUAUCGGAAAAGUGUUCGUUAUUCUACGCUGCAGCUCGGUGAAGUGUUAUUUUUCGCGAAAAAAGUGCUACGGAAUAGAAAUAAGCAAUUUUCUCAGGUCACUACAAUCGAUCAGCGCUUAACCUCUUUUUCUACCCGUUGGCAUCGGUGACGGUGAGCUGUCAUUUGUCAGAAUCGGUAUCGGAAAGACCUCUUGGUUUGCCGCUGCCGCCGGUGCAUUGGUGCGUGUGUGGUUUAAAAGGACUUUUGUUUUUGGUUGAAUUCUUUACUGCCUACAGUAUUCGCCGGGUUUGUUUGCAAACAGUUGAGUGGGUGGUGUUUGUUUUGAUUUACUUGCCUCCCGAGACGUAAACGUAAAUCAUGGAUAACGACAGUGAAAAUGAAAACGAUGCUGGUAUGGAAAAUGACGAUGACGACAACGAAGGGGAGGGAGAGCUGAAUUUAGCUGGAUUUUUGUUCGGUAAUGUAGACGAGCAUGGACGGCUGGAAAACGAUUUUUUGGAUGAGGAAGCGAAACAGCAUCUCUCAUCGCUAUCGAGGAUGGGUUUGUCUUCUUUUCUCGCAGACGUCUUAACUGAUGGUACUGAGAAACGGGUUGAAUUGAAUAGUGACAGUGACGAUUCCUCGUCCAGCGAUGAUCAUCGUCGAUAUGACGAUGAUGAUGAUACUUCAAAUUACAAACAGAAAGCUGAAGAUGCUGUGGAUUAUUCUGACAUAAAUGAGCUUGCAGAAGAUUUGCCGGUAGCAAUUCAACCGUCCGAAAAAGGAAAGGAUGAUGGAGAAGAUGAUUAUGACGAUAUUGAAGCUGCAAUUCCGGUUACAAAGGUUGAUGUAAAAAGUGUUUCUAAUGCCGAAGAAACUGACAAACAUUCCGGCCAAGAUGACGAUGAACAAGACGACGAUGAAGGUCGUGCAGGAGUUGAUGAUAAAGAACUGAUGCCCCCACCGAGUGCACCGAUUAGUGGAACUGAAGGGCGUGAGGAUGGUGAGGAAACGUCUGGUUCAGAAAAACCCAAGGUCGAGCGAAAACUAGAUACCCCAUUAGCGGCUAUGUUACCCUCCAAAUAUGCAAACGUUGAUGUACGAGAAUUGUUUCCAGAUUUUCGUCCGGAUAAGGUGUUGCGAUUUUCACGACUUUUCGGUCCGGGUAAGGUAUCAAGUUUACCCCAAAUCUGGAGAAGCGUUCGACGUCGUCGCAAGAAAAAACAGCAAAAGCAGAAGCUGAAGGAGGGCUCCGAUUCUACGUCGGAUUCUGAUGAACCUCGUCGGGCUCAUGGAUUUAAUUUGGUGUACGCACCUAUCCCGUCUCGAGAUCACUGGGCUUCCGAUGACGAGGAUCGACUGUUAAGUCUUACUCGUGAAGAAGAGAAAGAAGAAAAACCGGAAGCCGACGCUGGAGGCGAUUCGAAGCCGAAAGUUGCAGAUUGGCGUUUUGGUCCUGCCCAAGUAUGGUACGACAUGUUGGAUGUUCCCGAAACGGGCGAAAACUUCGACUACGGCUUCAAAACUACAGAUCGAAAGGAAGAAGUUGAAAUCAAAGGAGAACCUCUUCCCGAUGACGCUUUUCUGAUGGUAUCUCAGUUACACUGGGAAGAUGAUGUGGUUUGGGAUGGCAACGAUAUAAAGCACAAGGUGCUACAAAAGCUUAAUUCCAAAAUAAACGCCGCUGGAUGGCUUCCGUCAAGUGGUUCUCGAACUGCAGGAGCUUUCAGUCAACCGGGUAAAAGUAUGCCUUCCUCUCCGGCAGUUGGUAGUUCGAAGCUUCCCAAUACAGGCCAAGGUAAAAUGAGCAAAGCUCAAAUGAUCAUUAAUGCCGCUCAGAAUAAGCAGAACGAAGAAAAUGACGAUACAUGGUACAGUAUAUUUCCGGUUGAAAAUGAGGAGCUUGUCUACAGCAAAUGGGAAGAUGAAGUUAUCUGGGAUGCAGAGGCAGUUAAAAAAGUUCCCAAACCGAAGGUUCUCACGUUGGAUCCCAAUGAUGAGAACAUAAUUCUUGGCAUUCCGGAUGACAUCGAUCCGUCUAAGAUCAUACGAAACACUGGUCCGACUCCAAAGGUAAAAAUUCCUCAUCCGCACGUCAAAAAAUCCAAAAUUCUGCUGGGAAAAGCGGGCGUCAUCAACGUUCUUGCGGAAGAUACUCCUCCACCACCUCCAAAAAGUCCCGAUCGCGAUCCUUUCAACAUUUCCAAUGAUGUUUUCUACAUGGCAAAAUCAUCGGAAGCCACCCUCAAGCUCAAGGUCAGCGGUGGCAAUUUGCUGCAACAUUCCACACCGGUCGUCGAGCUUCGUGCUCCAUUCAUACCAACUCACAUGGGACCGAUGAAGCUACGAAUGUUCCACCGACCGCCUAUGAAAAAAUAUUCACACGGUGCACUCGCCUCGAUUAAUCCGCAACCGGUACUCCCGUUACUGAAAAACAUCAAAAAGAAAGCAAAACAACGUGAAUUGGAGCGAAUCGCUUCCGGCGGUGGCGAUGUAUUCUUUAUGCGGACGCCAGAUGAUCUAUCUGGACGGGAUGGCGAACUGAUCCUUGUCGAGUUUUGUGAAGAACAUCCCCCACUCAUGAACCAGGUCGGAAUGGCGACCAAAAUCAAAAACUACUAUAAAAGAAAGGCUGCCAAGGAUAGCGGUCCGGCAGAGUAUCGAUAUGGCGAAACGCACUACGCCCACACUUCCCCGUUCUUGGGUAUUCUUCACCCGGGGCAAUGCAUUCAGGUCGUUGAAAAUAACAUGUACCGAGCUCCGAUCUAUCCGCACUCGGUUCACGAGACUGAUUUUCUUGUAAUCCGGACACGCAGCAAUUAUUACAUCCGAGAAAUCGACGCCUUGUUUACUGCCGGACAGGAGUGCCCGCUGUAUGAAGUUCCCGGCCCUAAUUCGAAAAGGGCCAACAACUUUGUGCGUGAUUUUCUUCAAGUUUUCAUCUAUCGCUUGUUCUGGAAAAGUAAAGACAACCCGCGCAAAAUUCGAAUGGACGACAUUAAGAAAGCCUUCCCGGCUCAUUCGGAAAGUAGCAUUCGGAAGCGUCUGAAGCAGUGCGCCGACUUCAAGCGUACCGGUAUGGAUUCCAACUUUUGGGUUAUCAAACCGGAGUUUCGACUGCCAUCGGAGGAGGAAAUUCGAGCCAUGGUCUCUCCCGAACAGUGCUGUGCUUAUUUCAGCAUGAUUGCUGCCGAACAGCGCCUAAAGGAUGCCGGUUAUGGAGAGAAAUUUAUUUUCGCCCAGCAAGAGGACGACGAUGAGGAAAUGCAGCUCAAGAUGGACGAUGAAGUGAAGGUGGCACCGUGGAAUACAACACGAGCCUACAUUCAGGCGAUGCGUGGCAAGUGCAUCUUACAGUUGAACGGCCCAGCCGAUCCGACCGGGUGUGGAGAAGGCUUUUCUUAUGUGCGGAUGCCCAACAAACCAACGCAGCAGAACAAGGAGGAAAUUGAAAACCAGCCGAAGCGAACCGUCACCGGAACGGAUGCCGAUCUUCGUCGUUUGUCGCUGAACAACGCUAAGGCACUGCUGCGCAAAUUCCAAGUACCGGAGGAGGAAAUCAAGAAACUAUCGCGAUGGGAGGUCAUCGACGUGGUCCGUACGCUGUCGACCGAGAAGGCAAAGGCCGGUGAGGAAGGAAUGGAUAAAUUUUCCCGUGGCAAUCGGUUCUCGAUCGCCGAACACCAGGAACGCUACAAGGAAGAGUGCCAGCGUAUUUUCGAUCUGCAAAAUCGGGUACUUGCCUCGUCGGAAGUGCUCUCCACCGACGAAGGUGAGUCGACCGCUUCGGAGGAGUCUGAUCUGGAAGAGUUGGGCAAAAAUUUGGAGAAUAUGUUGGCGAACAAGAAAACGUCAACGCAACUGUCGCUGGAACGAGAGGAGCAGGAACGGCAAGAACUGCUGCGAAAGAUUAUGGAAGAACAGGGCAGUUCGCGGGGUGGCAAAAAGAAAGAGGAAGAACUGAAAGACUUGCAACCGUCGCCAACGUCUAAAAUUCUUAAAAUCACACGAACGUUUAAAAACUCGGAGGGACGUGAGUUUACUCGUGUCGAAAUAGUUCGCCGAUCGCCGGUUAUCGAUGCGUACGUAAAAAUUCGACGAACCAAGGAUGAAGCAUUCAUUCGACAGUUUGCAACAUUGGACGAAGCACAGAAGGAGGAAAUGAAGCGUGAAAAGCGUCGCAUUCAGGAACAGUUGCGACGAAUUAAGCGCAACCAGCAGAAAAUCGGUAUGCUCCAACAGCAGCAUCAGCACCAAAGUGUUGGCACGCCCAUCAGUCUGGGUGACCGAGAAACGCCUAGCUCGAAGUCCAGCACCAAUCUUUCUACGCCAAAAGAAAGUCAUUCUAAGGAACAUAGUCCUUCGUCACGAAAGAAAAUCAAAUUGAAGCCAGACUUGAAACUGAAAUGCGGUGCCUGUGGCCAGGUGGGACAUAUGCGAACUAACAAAGCUUGUCCACUGUAUACCGGAACGAUUCCAACUCCGUCACUGAAUGUUGCAAUGACAGAAGAGCAAGAAGAGGAAAUCGAGAAGGAAUUAAAUGCGGAUGAUGAAGAUCUUGUCAACGUCGAUGGAACAAAGGUCAAACUGAGCGGUAAACUUCUAAAACGACACGAAGAUGUUAGGAGAAGAACAUUGCUCUUAAAAGUACCAAAAGACGCAGUAAGCAAAAAGCGGAGACGAGUUGGAGGUGAUUCAAACUGUGAUUAUCUGAAGCGACACAAUAAGACAGCAAAUCGACGAAGAACGGACCCGGUCGUGUUGCUUUCUUCGAUUCUAGAGCAGAUUCUGAACGAGAUGCGCGAUAUGCCGGAUGUAACCCCGUUUAUGUUCCCAGUGAAUGCCAAACAGGUAGCCGAUUAUCACAAAAUCAUUCAACGUCCAAUGGAUCUCCAAACAAUUCGAGAACGUAUUCGACAGAAAAAAUACCAAACCAGGGAGGAAUUUAUCACGGACGUCAAUCAGAUUGUAGAGAAUUCUUCACUAUACAACGGAGCUAAGAGUUCGCUAACGAUGGCCGCUCAACGUAUGCUGCAGAAAUGUAAAGAUCGCAUGCAAGAAAAAGAAGAACGACUAGCUCGGUUGGAGAAAAGUAUCAACCCGCUGCUGGACGAUGACGACCAAGUGGCCCUCUCGUAUAUGCUUGGUGAGUACGUGAAUGGUCCACUGAAAGCGAUGCCGGAGAGUUGGCCGUUCCUGAAACCGGUCAACAAAAGGUUGGUCAAGGAUUACUACACCAUCAUCAGGAAACCGAUGGAUUUGGAGAAGGUUUCCAAAAAGGUUGCGACUCAUAAAUAUCAUUCGCGCGGCGAUCUUUUGCAGGAUAUUAAACUGAUUGCCGACAACUGCGAGACGUACAACGGGGUUGAUGCGAACUUCACCAAGCAAGCCCGCCAUAUGGUCGAGGUCGUACGGCAAGCACUGGAAGCGAUGGACAACAUGACUCAGCUGGAGAAAAACAUUGCCUUGGUGCAGGAACGUGCGCGAAACGAAGCUGAUAUGGACUGGGAAGAUGAUGAGCGGGAAAAAUACUUCCAAGGAUCUCGCGACACAUCUCCAGACUUUGGCGAAGGAGACAUCAGCAAUCUGGAGCGACCGUCAUCGUCGGCGUCAAUGGCGUCCAGCCGGCCUGGACCUAGUGGUUUGAUGAAACCACGUCAUCUAGACACCAAGAAGGCAAGAGGUCGACCGAAGAAAAUGCCGCUCGAUGAAGAGUUCCCGGGUAUGGCGAUGUCCAGCAUGAUGAACAUGAUGCUACUCAAGCGGUCCCGCGGUCGACCACGGAAGGAAGGUUUCGGGGUGUACGGUUUGGACGACGAACCACUCCGGUUGGGUCCUCUUUCACAACGCGCAAUCGGGCCCAGUGGCUCGGUUAUAGGAUUAUCCGAAGGUGGUGUGGCAGGAUUCGGAGGUAUCCCACCGAACGCAUCCGCACCUCUAUUGGCAAGCGAUCCUUCCGCUUCUGCCUUCGAGAUGAACUGGAUGGUCAAUACGGGAACCUCGGUUUACGGGAGCAACCUAGUUACCCCAUCAACUGAUACUAACCGACCGGUCUUAUUCGAGGAGAAAUUCGGGCCUCAGCCGAUCCCUACUAGUGGUGGUGGUUUUCUGGGACACUCAAGGGGUUUCGGGCGAAUGAAGCGAGAAGGCGGUGGUCAGUAUUCCACAGAUGAUGAAGAAUUUGAAGAGGUCACCAUGAGCGAUCAAGAAGGCGUUUCGGUUACCCUGGAUCAAUCCAAUGCUCCAUCUAGCUCAUCAAUUAUGCCUCCACAAGAGGAAGGCGACAGUCAGCAGGCUGCUGAAGCCAUGGUUCAACUCAGUGGUACCCAAUAUUUCACCCAGACUGCCGAUGAAUCUGUUGAAAUCGAUCCCAACUAUGAUCCGAGCGACUUUCUUGGAAUGUCCAAUCGACAACUUGGUGGUGAUAAUUUGCAGGGCGGUCAGAUGGAGCAGGUCGAUGCUAGCCAGAUUGAAUAUCAGCAGCAGCCUCAACAGGGCGAAAUCAGUGCAUUUGAUCCUAGCUUCCAGCAGUUCCAACAACAGCCACAGUUCACUAUACAGCAAAUAAUGACCGAAGAAGGUAAACAGCAGCAAAUGGAAAUGCCCCAGCAGGAUCAACUACCGACUUUACCUUCACUGCAUAAAGACCUUGCCAUUUCGGACAGCGACGACGAACAGAACAAUUUACAAAUGGAUAUCUUUAAUAACGCUAAUGAAAACGACGAUAACGAUGAUGGAGGGGACUUGUGGUUUUAAUUCUUCAGAUAAAUACAAAUGAAAUGUUAGGAAUAAAUAUCAAUAUAUCAGAGGAUUGAAUCCAAGAAUAAUUUAUUCGACCUUUUAUCCAUAUUUA